GCCUCCCCUUCCCCGCAGUGAGUGUCCCGGCGCGGGGGCAGCGCCGGACGGGCGGCCGCGACCAUGCCGGGCGGUAAGGAGACACGGCUGCUGCACCUCAGCGAGAUGGAGAAGCUGGACAAGACCCUCUUCAGGCUGGAGCAGGGUUUUGAACUGCAGUUCCGACUGGGCCCAACUCUUCAAGGCAAGCCUGUUACUGUGUACACCAAUUAUCCAGCUCCUGGAGAAGUGUUUGAUCGCCACAAGUUCAGGACAUUAUCAUGGCACAAUCCUGCAGGAAAGGAGGAUGACUCUGACAAAUACUGCAAGCUGGAUCUCCAAAUUUCCGGGUCAUAUCAGUACUAUUUUACUCUUGGAAAAGAAAAAAGCGGUGGAGGUUACAUAGUUGUGGAUCCUAUUUUGCAUGUUGGAGCUGAUAAUCAUGUACUGCCUUUGGACUGUGUUACGCUCCAGACGUUCCUUGCUAAGUGUCUGGGACCAUUUCACGAAUGGGAAGAUAGACUUAAAGUUGCAAAAGAAACAGGUUACAACAUGAUUCAUUUCACGCCACUGCAGAAGCUUGGACUGUCUAGAUCAUGUUAUUCACUGGCUGACCAGUUAGAAGUAAAUCCUGAAUUUUCAAGCCAUAAUAAAAAGUGCACUUGGAGCGAUAUAGGAGCUCUUGUGGAGAAAUUGAAAAAUGAAUGGAAUAUGCUUUGCAUCACAGAUGUAGUCUACAAUCAUACUGCUACUAACAGUGAAUGGCUCAGGAUGCAUCCAGAAUGUGGCUAUAACCUUGUAAAUUCUCCUCACCUGAAGCCAGCCUGGGUAUUGGAUAGAGCUCUGUGGCACUUGAGCUGUAUGGUGGCUGAUGGGAAGUGUAUUGCCAAAGGGGUCCCUCCCUUGAUUGAAAGUGAUCAACACCUGACUUGUUUACGUAAAAUAAUUUGGGAAGAUAUAUAUCCAAAAAUUAGACUAUGGGAGUUUUUCCAAGUGGAUGUUAACAAAGCUGUGCAGCAAUUUAAAACCCUUCUAACUCAAGGCAAAAUGAGCACUAAAUCUGAUCCAAAUCAACAUCUUCAAAUACUUCAGGACCCUGAUUAUAGGCGACUUGGCUGUACUGUAGACAUGAAUAUAGCAUUGGCCACAUUCAUACCACACAGCAAUGGACCAGCUGCAAUAGACGAAUGUUGUAACUGGUUUCGCAAAAGGAUUGAGGAACUAAAUGCUGAGCAAUACAAGCAAACUACUCACCAUCAAGAACAGGCUGUCAAUUGUCUUGUGGGGACUGUGGUUUAUGAACGAAUGGCUUGUAAUGGUCCUAAGCUGGGUCUUAUCAGUAGAAAAAAUCCCUUAGUUACCAGGUAUUUUACGUAUCCAUUCAAAGAGCUGACUGUGGAGGAAGAAGAAACUAUGAUAAAUGAGCCAGAUAAAGCUUGUUAUUUCAUGGCUCAUAAUGGCUGGGUUAUGGGAGAUGAUCCUCUUAGAAACUUUGCUGAACCAGGCUCAAAUGUUUACUUGAGGAGAGAGCUCAUUUGUUGGGGGGACAGUGUGAAACUGCGUUAUGGUAAUAAACCUGAAGACUGCCCAUACCUCUGGGAACAUAUGAAAAAAUACACUGAAAUCACUGCCAAGUAUUUCCAUGGUGUUCGUCUUGACAACUGUCACUCAACACCUAUUCAUGUAGCUGAGUACAUGCUGGACACAGCUAGAAAAUUGCGAGCCGAUUUGUAUGUAGUGGCUGAACUGUUCACAGGAAAUGAGGAGCUGGACAAUAUCUUUGUGAAUAGGCUGGGCAUUACCUCCUUAAUAAGAGAGGCAAUGACUGCUUACAAUAGCCAUGAAGAGGGAAGGUUAGUUUAUCGGUUUGGAGGUGAACCUGUCGGCUCUUUCGUUCAGCCACGUUUGAGGCCUUUGAUGCCAGCUAUUGCUCAUGCACUGUUCAUGGAUAUUACACAUGAUAAUGAAUGUCCAAUUCAGCACCGAUCUGCCUAUGAUGCUCUUCCAAGUGCAAUGAUUGUUUCCAUGGCAUGCUGUGCUACAGGAAGCACCAAAGGCUAUGAUGAACUAGUGCCACACCAGAUCUCUGUAGUAUCUGAAGAGAGGUUUUAUGCAAAAUGGAAUCCAGCAGCACAUCUGACUUCUGGCGAAGUUAAUUUCCAAACAGGAAUUCUGGCAGGAAGGCUGGCCAUAAACAGGCUGCAUCAGGAGCUGGGGGCUAAAGGCUUUAAUCAGGUGUAUGUAGAUCAAGUCGAUGAAGAUAUCGUUGCAGUGACAAGACACUGCCCUACCACACACCAGUCCGUUGUGGCUGUGUGUCGAACGGCCUUCAGGGACCCUAAAACUUCCUUCUACAGUAAUGAAGUACCUGAAAUGUGUAUCCCAGGGAAAAUUGAAGAAGUAGUACUUGAGGCUAGGACUAUUGAGAGAAGUGCUAGUCCUUACAAAAAAGAUCUACAUUUUAUAAAUGGAUUGCCUAAUUUCACGAUGGAACUCAGAGAGCAUAUCCAGAUAAAAGACAGUAAAAUCAUAAAGCAAGCUGGAACUGCCAUAAAAGGGCCAAAUGAAUUUGUUCAAGAAAUAGAAUUUGAAAAAUUAACACCGGGAAGUAUAAUAGUAUUCAGAGUCAGCCUUGACCCAAAGGCACAGGAGGCUGUUGGAAUCCUCCGCAACCAUUUGAUCCAGUUCAGCCCUCAUUUUAAAUCUGGAAGUCUUCCUGAUGAUCAUUCAGCACCGAUUUUAAAAACCCUGUUUUCUUCUAUUGCGUCUAAACUGACAUUGGCCGAGCUAAAUCAGGUGCUGUAUAGAUGUGAGGCAGAAGAACAAGAAGAUGGUGGAGGGUGUUACGAUAUACCAAACUGGUCGCCGCUGAAAUAUGCAGGCCUCCAAGGGUUAAUGUCAGUGAUGGCAGACAUUAGACCAAAGAAUGAUUUGGGUCACCCAUUUUGUGAUAAUUUAAGAUCUGGGGACUGGAUGAUUGAUUAUGUCAGUAAUCGUCUGAUUUCACGUGCUGGAGCCUGUGCAGAAGUUGGUAAAUGGCUGAAGGCCAUGUUUGUGUACCUAAAGAGAAUUCCACGUUACCUCAUCCCCUGUUACUUUGAUGCCAUAUUAGUGGGUGCAUACACAACCCUUCUGGACGUGGCAUGGCAUCAGAUGUCUAGCUUUGUGCAAAAUGGAUCAACGUUUGUUAAACACCUUUCCUUGGGUUCAGUCCAGAUGUGUGGAAUAGGAAAAUAUUCUUGUCUGCCAAAUCUAUCUCCUUCCUUACAUGAUGUUCCCUAUAGGCUCAAUGAGAUUACAAAUGAGAAAGAACAGUGUUGUGUUUCCUUGGCAGCUGGUUUACCUCACUUUUCUUCUGGAAUUUUUCGUUCUUGGGGAAGGGACACUUUUAUUGCACUAAGAGGUCUCAUGUUGGUUACCGGGCGCUAUCUCGAAGCAAGAAACAUCAUUUUAGCAUUUGGUGGGACUUUAAGACAUGGCCUCAUUCCCAAUCUGCUUGGCGGGGGCACACAUGCCAGAUACAACUGUCGUGAUGCUGUGUGGUGGUGGCUUCAGUGUAUCCAGGACUACUGUAAAAUUGCUCCAAAUGGAUUAGACAUUCUCAGGUGUCCUGUCUCUAGGAUGUACCCAAGAGAUGACUCUUCACCUCAGCCUGCAGGCACUGUGGAUCAGCCCCUCUAUGAAGUAAUACAGGAAGCAAUGCAACGACAUAUGGAAGGCAUAAAUUUCCGGGAAAGGAAUGCUGGUCCACAGAUUGAUCAAAACAUGAGAGACGAAGGUUUUAAUGUAACUGCAGGUAUUGACCACGAAACUGGCUUUGUGUUUGGAGGGAACCGCUUCAAUUGUGGCACUUGGAUGGAUAAAAUGGGAGAGAGUGAAAAAGCUCGCAACAAAGGAAUUCCGGCUACUCCAAGAGAUGGCUCUGCUGUGGAAAUGGUUGGACUGUGCAAGUCAACUGUCCGCUGGUUGCUGGAUUUAUCUGGGAAAAACAUAUUUCCAUUCCGUGGAGUCACUGUAAAAAGACAUGGAAAGGAGGAGAUUAUCACAUACGACGAGUGGAACAGGAAAAUUCAAGGACACUUUGAAAAGCUGUUCUUUGUCUCUGAGAAUCCAGCAGAUCCCAAUGAAAAACAUCCAGAUCUCGUUCACAAACGUGGAAUUUAUAAGGACAGCUAUGGAGCUUCCAGUCCAUGGUGUGAUUACCAACUCAGGCCAAAUUUUACAGUAGCAAUGGUUGUGGCCCCAGAGUUGUUCACACCUGAGAAAGCUUGGAAAGCUCUACAGAUAGCAGAGGAAAAACUACUUGGUCCAUUAGGCAUGAAAACCUUAGACCCAGAUGAUAUGGUGUACUGUGGAGUAUAUGAUAAUGCUCUUGACAAUGACAACUACAAUCUAGCCAGAGGUUUUAAUUAUCACCAAGGACCUGAAUGGGUGUGGCCAAUUGGGUAUUUUCUUCGUGCCAAAUUGUACUUCUCUAGAUUGAUUGGUCCAGAGAUACAUGCAAAAACUAUAGUUAUGAUUAAGAAUGUUCUUUCUCGCCACUAUGUUCAUCUUGAAAGAUCAUCCUGGAAGGGGCUUCCAGAACUAACUAAUGAAAAUGGACAGUAUUGUCCUUUUAGCUGUGAAACUCAGGCCUGGUCGAUUGGUGUUAUCCUUGAAGUCCUUUAUGACUUGUAAAAGGUUAUUUUGAUUGAUUUGAUGAAACUUCUGUGGUCUUAUUAUUGGGCAUAAAUGAACACUUGGCUUACACUGCAAGGGAAAUCAACUGUUCUGCACAAUCAAUUAAGCUGUGUCCUGGCUUUCAAAGAUGCUGAACGCCAGCAGCUCCUGUGUCCUAUAACUGUGUGGGGCUUGGGUUUUUUGCAAAUCAGGCCAUGACAAUAAAAUAAAACUGCAGUGCACACUUGAUGCAGAAACUUCUAGUAAGGAGCAAUUUUAAGAAUAUGCACAAACUAAUUUUAAGUAGCUUUGGUUUUUUAGCCUUUUCAAAUCAAAAUCUUAAUGUAACAAAACAGCUCCUUCCUGAGCUAAAAAUAAGUAGCACAGCUCUUAUGUUUUUUUUUCUUUGUCUCUUAAAGAGUAAAUGGAUGUUUUGCAAAUGCAUGCUUAAAGGGGAGUAGAAUAACCUCUAGCUUUCUGAGUUUGGUAUGCUUUUGCUCUAGCACCAUACAUUAUUGAAGGCAUAAUAUGUUGUCUCCCCAUUGAACUGUAUUAUGGGGAUUUUUUUUGUGUGUGUUCAAUUGAACACUUCACAAAGAAACCACAUAAAUAAAGUGUAUGAAUAUGAAUACUGUAAUAAACCAACCUUAAAAGUUACAUAUAAAA